AUGCCCAACUUCGCCGGCACUUGGAAGAUGAGGAGCAGCGAGAAUUUCGACGAGCUGCUCAAGGCACUGGGUGUCAAUGCCAUGCUCAGGAAAGUGGCGGUGGCAGCCGCCUCCAAGCCCCAUGUGGAGAUCCGCCAGGACGGGGACCAGUUCUACAUCAAAACUUCCACCACUGUGCGCACCACUGAGAUCAGCUUCAAAAUCGGGGAGAACUUUGAGGAGGAGACGGUGGAUGGACGAAAGUGCAGGAGUUUGGCCACUUGGGAGAACGAAAACAAGAUCUAUUGCAAACAAACUCUUAUUGAGGGAGAUGGUCCUAAAACAUACUGGACUCGAGAAUUAGCUAAUGAUGAGCUGAUUUUGACCUUUGGUGCUGAUGAUGUUGUGUGCACAAGAAUUUAUGUAAGAGAGUAA